AUGUGCGAUUCCGAGCGCGGCUGGAGCCUGUCCUUCGCGGGCUGCGGCUUCCUGGGCUUCUACCACCUCGGGGCGACCCGCUGCCUGAGCGAGCGCGCCCCGCACCUCCUCCGCGACGCGCGCAUGUUCUUCGGGAGCUCAGCGGGGGCGCUGCACGGCGUCACCUUACUCGCCCGCAUUCCCAUUGACCGGUCUCUGCAGGUGCUCACAGACCUUGUCCAGUCCGCCAGGAGCCGGACCCUGGGCGUCCUCCACCCGUCCUUCAGCAUCGCCAGGUUCUUCCACGAGGCCCUCCACAGACACCUCCCGGCCAACGUCCACCAGCUCAUCUCGGGCAGAAUGUGCAUCUCGCUCACCCGAGUGUCCGACUGGCAAAACGUCCUGGUGUCCGACUUCCAGUCCAAAGACGAAGUUGUGGACGCCUUGAUCUGCUCCUCCUUCAUCCCUUUCUUCUGUGGCUUAAUCCCUCCGACCUUCAGAGGCGUGCGGUACGUGGAUGGAGGGUUUACUGACAGUGUACCCUGCUUUGAUGACAAAGCGACCAUCACCGUGUCCCCGUUCCUUGGGGAGCAUGACAUCUGUCCUAAGGUCAAGUCCACGAACUUCCUGUAUGUGGACGUGUCCAAGCUCAGCCUCCGCUUCUGCUUAGAGAACGUCCACCUGAUAAGCCAAGUAGUGUUCCCCCCGGAUGUCAAGGAGCUUGGAGAGUUAUUCCUACGAGGGUAUUUAGACGCCGUCAGGUUCUUGGAGGAAAACGGCAUCUGUGACAGGCCCCAUCCGAGCCCGAGUGUGCCCUCCGGAGCCCCCGAGUUCCUUCCGUUCUCCUGGGAAACCACGCGCCCCGAGGCUCUCCCCGGGGGGACUGCCUGGCAGAGGAGGCCUGAGGUGGCCGAGCUGCUGGACCACCUGCGUGUCCACCUCCUGCCCUGGGACGAGAGCAUCCUGCAGACUCUGUCGCCCACGCUCAUCGCAGGACUGAGUGAGGCACUUAAACCCCGACGUGGCUGCCUGAGCAAGAUUUGCAGCUUCCUGCCGGUGAAGGUCAUGUCUUACGUGAUGCUGCCGUGUACGCUGCCCGUGGAGUCCGUGGUCGCGGUGGUGCAGAGACUGGUGCUGUGGCUUCCCGACAUUCCCGAUGACGUCCAGUGGCUGCAGUCCGUAACUUCCCAGGUUUGUUCUCGCCUGGUGACGCAGCUGCUCCCCGCGCUCAGGGCCCAGGGCGGCGGCGGGCAGGCCUCCGAACUGGACCCCGACGUGAUGGAGAGCUGGGCCGGGCAGAGGGCCAACUCCUGGCUGACCUUCGAGAAGAGGCUGACCCGAGAACCAUGA